AUGUUCGACCAGUUCGACGCGAGCACUCGUCAAGCGCUGCUGCUUCUAGCGGCCGGCGCCGGCAUCCUGAUCCUGUGGGCUCGGCGCAACGCAGCAAGCUCGGAAGAGAAGCCUGACAUAGCGCUGCUGAAGAAUAUUCACCGUGACUACAUUGUCCAUUUAAAGGAGCGGGUGCAAGUGACGCACAACACGGUGCUGCUACGCUUCGCGCUGCCCAGCGAGGACCAGGUGCUCGGUUGCGCCGUUGGACAGCACGUGUACCUGAGCCUGUACAAAGGGGAGCGGCUGCUGGUUCGUCCAUACACACCUGUCAGCCUCUGUGACCAGCGUGGCACUUUCGACAUCAUCAUCAAGGUGUAUCGGCAAGGAACAUCGUUGAAAUACCCAGAUGGCGGGAUUAUGUCGCAAACGCUGGACAGCCUCUUACCGGGUGAUCCCGUGCAGAUUCAGGGACCGAAGGGGAAGUUCGAGUACAUUGGUCGUGGCCGGUUCCUGCUGGAGAAAAGUAGCGUGAUGUACGUCGCCUCGCACAUCGGUCUGGUGGCUGCCGGUUCGGGAGUGACGCCCAUGUUGCAGCUGCUGCGCCAGACGUUUGCGGACGCGAGCGAUUUCACGCGCAUGUUCAUGGUGAACGUGAACCACUCAGAGAGGGAUAUCAUCAUGCACAAGGAGCUCGACGAAUACGCCGAGAGCCAUCGCAGGACAUUCAGGCUGUGCCACGUGCUGACCAAGAUGCCCGAACGCAACAGGCUUCGCCAAACGCACGUGGGCUACUUGGCUGGCCCACUGACACAGGCCAUCUUGGAAAAGUACCUGCCACCACCUUCCUCGUACAGCGUCAUCCUCGUCUGCGGUCCACCUCUGUUGGUCAGCAAUGUGUGCCAACCCGCACUGAAGAACAUCGGCCACGACCGCAAGCGUGUGCUCGUCUAUUGA